GACAGCACUCUGCACGUUGCCGACCAGUUAGUAGGUUCUCUGUCACCGCCGAGUGCUGACGUAUCCGCCACGAUCGCGAUUAUGCCACUCGCUUGAUAACUAAGCGGUUUCGUCCCGCUGAAAUUAUGACUUAUGGACUGAUCGCCGAGGAACAAGACAGCGGCAGAUUUUUAAUUCUAGAGCGAAAAUUAAGAAUAGUUUCCAGAUAUUGGGAAGUCUUCGGCGAUAAGUCCGCCGAGAGGCUCCCGCGUCGGAACAAGCAGAAACCGCUAUUUGGACUGCAAUAAACUUUUCAGGACUUGAACGAAUUAAUAUUUAGUGUUAGUGCAAUAGGUGAACUGUGUUUGUGUUGUUUAGGGGGCUUUUUUUUGGAUUAGCAUAAUGGUACCCCAGCAAAUUUCGGAUGUGCGGUCCCUGACGCCUACUUCGAGUGGGGUCCCGGUGUUUGGAUCGCAACUGGUCGACAAAAAUUCAUCAACGCCAUAUACUGAUGCCACACAGACGAAAAAGAACAAUCCAAAUCACAUUAAGAGGCCGAUGAACGCAUUCAUGGUAUGGUCACAAAUAGAACGCAGAAAAAUAUGCGAGCAAACGCCCGAUAUGCAUAAUGCAGAAAUUUCCAAAAACUUGGGCAGAGUGUGGAAAACAUUAAACGAUGAAGAAAGGCAACCCUUCAUAGACGAGGCGGAAAGGCUCAGGCAGCUACAUAUGCGCGAGUACCCCGACUACAAAUAUAGGCCUCGUAAGAAAACGGCAAAGCCGGCGCAACGGAGUGGCGCUAUUACGAAGCAAAAACGUAAACAACGGGCUGACAGCAAUAACAACAGAGGAGUGUCGAGGAGGCGAACGCGGCCAGUUCCUAGUGUUCCAAGUGUUCCUAUGGAAACACCCGCCCCUCCACCACUGCCCGCGUCUCCUGCGGGGGCGCCUGAUUCUCCCGAAUCGGCCUGUUUCUAUGAUGACAACACGCGGCGUGAGCAGACGGACCUAACGGAUCUUUAUUCGAUCACGGAUUUGCUACCAUUACCAGCAGACUGUGAGGUCGAUCUAGAUGCAUUGACGGACAUGGAGUCCUUCGAGACGGCAUCCUCCUCUUCCGGAUCGCAUUUUGAGUUCUCAUGCACGCCGGACGUGUCUGACAUGCUAAGCGAAAUCGGCGUAGCGGGCGAUUGGGACGACCACACGUUCUCAUCGUACCUCACGUCGUCUUAAAGAGGUGCUCGGGUCGCCACGGCCGCUGGCCGAUACCACUGAUCUCAUUUUCGAGCCGCCACACGGGGGCCGACGACGCGGCGACCGCUCGCCGCCCCGCCUAGAGAGUGCCUACAUCCAAUUGACGUGUCGACAUUUGGAUUCAAUGUACAAAGUUAUUUAAUAAGAUUUGAGGGUGAAAUUUUUUUUCUAAGUUCAUCAGCCACAUGGCUGCGUUCGUCUUCAGUUUUCUUGAUUUAAUAUUUCAUUUUAAAUGCGAACUAUUCGGCAACGGCUCCCCGGCGUAGUGCCGGGUUUUAAACCAUAGGCUGUGAGUUGGUUCUCGUUUCAAGGUGUUGCUUUUUUUAGAUUUUUUUAAUGUAAUCGGGGUGAUUUCCAAACGGCACGUCUCAGACGCAUCUCAGUAAAUAAUCCGUCUUACUCUCCGUCGCCUGAUUAGCAAGCUACGGUCCAGUCAGGUCACUCGCAUGUAUGCACCGCGUUGUCGCGUCCGUAUUCUAUAUUUGUACAUUACUCGACUUGGCUUCUAAAAUAAGUUCGCAAAACCUUCGCUUUUAAUUUUACUUCCUUAACAAUUUUAUUGUAAGAACGUUGAAUCGUUAAUUUACGUUUAAACUUCGUAGGUGAAACAUGUAUCGUUCGAUUGAUAGAAAAAUAAGACUAGGUUAAAAUCAUAUUCGUCUUGCGUUCAUUUAACGUACAUAAGUUCACUUUAUACUUUGAUGCACACAUAGUUAAUAGUUCGACCUUUAUAAUUUUACUGUUGGAAGCUAAUCGGUAUGUCAUUUGAGGAAUUUCGGUACGAAAGAAAGCGGAACUUUCGAGUAAGGAUUUUUUGGAAGCAGUUGGUCCCUUGCCGUGUUGAGUUUCUCGUUUUCUGAAACAAGCCACGCGUGUAAUUUUGUCAGUCUUUACUCUUUUAUUGGUCGCGCGUGACUUUUUUCAAAUCCAUUCAAUGAAACAAUGGUAAGGGAUUUGUGUAGGUGUUUCGAGUUGGUACGUCUUGCUAUAGUGUAAGUAAGGUUGUUGUAGAAUAAGUUCAAUGGUAAGGUACGAAAAACUUUAUAUUGCAAAGAAAUGACACCAUCUCAGGAUCGAUGCGAAGGGACACUUCAAAUUUCUUCUUUUCUUCAGUUUACAUCUUCACGCUUCAAUUGAAAAAAAAAAAACGUCUAUAGAAAGAUACAUAUCAAUAAAGAAAAUGUAUUAGUUCGCGGGACGGUGAUAAAAUAUUCGUAUGAAGAAAAUACUAGUUCGGUUCCCAAUAAAUAUUUUGCUGUUUAAACUCUGUGAUUUACUUUAUGAAUUUUCUAAAUUAUAAGAAUCUAGUGGAGACUGAUAUCGCAUAGAUUAGUUUUAGCAGCGCUAGCUUCUCUAACUUUUUUAAUUUUUAGAACUGGGCAUAAUUUACUAAUGGAAAAACGAUACUUACAUAUUUUUGAUAAUCUGCUUUCCUGUGGAAAUCGGGAAGUGGUCUCACAAAACAUUAGCAGACGAUGAGUUUCUAUAAAGAAGCUAGAUAACGUUUUUUACGAAUUUAUAGUUGCAAAAAUAUCAACAUCAAAACAUUCCCGUCCGACGUCCACAGCAAAGCACGAGCUAAACACAAUUUGUAUAAAAAAUUUCGCAAAAAAAAAUAUAAAUAAACUGUCAAUUCAUUGAAAAUGGCGUCAGUUAGUUAGCGGGGUAAAGUUUCAGAAAUGAAUAUUACCUCAGUCAAUAUAAGAUAUAAUUAUAAAUCUUCUAAAAUAUACUGUUUCAGAUAACGAAAACAAUAUUUGUAGAUAUUCUGUGUCCCUAAGAUACAUAUGUAUAUUUCAUAAUAAUAAGGGAUCCGUUGUGCUCUGAUCGAUAAAAAAAGUAAAUGCUUUACUUAUAUUAUUAUAUUCUUAUAAAUAUAUUAUGUAAAUGACUUCGUGUAAUAAUUAGUGAGUGUCUACGAAAUCCAAUUAUUUUUAAAGAAAUGCAUAAAUACACGUUAUUAUACAUUGUAUUGUAAAACUGUAAGUAACUGUCUCGUGUGUUGUAGACGAUAUGAUGUAUCAUACUUAUAUGGAUAAUAAAAAGGAGGAAUAAAUUUGUGCCUAAUGAAUUACUUGAAAAAAAUAAUAAUUUCAUAAUAUGUAUAUUUUAGUGAUGCUCAAUAUAUCUUUAUAAGCGCGUAGUAGUUUAGAUGCUGUUAAAAAAACAUUGUAAAAUUGUAUACUUAGUCUUUUCGGAUGCCAGAUAUGCAUUUUGUUUUUCAUUUCUCUAAGGCUUUGCUAUCACGCUGCUAAGUUAAAGAUACCACUUGCGUUUUCAAUCAUAACAUUUAUACAAUCAAUCCUAAUUGUUGCGUAUACUUUCAAACUUUAAAGGCUAUUAACAUACGAAAACAAAGAUCUGAAUGUUGCUGUGACAAUUAGUUUGUCAAUAAUGUAUACGUAAACAUCAUAUGGUAUUAAUAACUUAACUUCUAGUAUUAUAAUGAAAGAAGUGUUUGGUAAUGUAUCGAUUUCUAAAGUUUCAUUGCAGACACUUUUGUCAUUAACGUUUUUUAAUAAUACAUCGUCUAUUCAAUCAUUUCGAGAUACGUAAAUUUUUAAAGGUUUAUGUGAUUGUUUCGAAAUAGCUUUUGCUUCGACUAGUUCAUUUUUUUUCGUUCGGAAUUUAACGACGCAAAUUUAUUAAUAAAAAGCAAUACAGAUAAUAACACGAUCGCUCAAAUUAGAAUUAAAUCUCCUUCACUAGUAAAAAUAACACAAUCGAAGUUUUAAUGAAUAUAUACGUUAGUAGAAUCGGUCUCAUCAUUGUCAUCGCUGUCAAUUUCAGUAUGUCGUAUCCCACAUGUUGUAGUUACGAGGAGAAUAAUUAGCAUAACCCCGAGAGUAUUUGUAAAACAACAUCGAAUUUAUUGUUGUAUUUAGCGCUUCUUGUUGUGGUUUUUCAAUAAUUGGAAUUAUCAGGGUUUCGAUGUUUUGUUUGAAAUUAAGAUUGUAAAAAGAAAAUCUUUUGUAAAAAAUAGUUAUCCUUUUAUCCCCUUGAUGUAAUCUGUUCUAAAAUGUUUCGAAUUCUUUGCUUAAAUGUAUAAGCCUCUUCUUUCGUAGCCUUUUUAAAAAUCUAUCGAGGUAUUUUAUAAAAUUGUAAAUAAAUAAGUAUUGAAACUGUUUAUAAUAAUGUAAAAGUCAAAAUAAAGCGACACUGUGACAAAAAAUUAGAGGGUAUGUAUACGCGUCUCAAAGAAAAUAAAUAUCAUAGAAGACGUAGUUAGUUGUUGUAGGUUAUACAUGUAAUUAAAAUUAAAGAAAAAUCUUGUUGUGUACUUCUUUAUGAACUCAGGGCAUUUGAUUCUAUAAACACUUUACUUUGAGAAAGGAUAGAAUCAGAUGUCCGGAGUGAAUUCUUCAGUUGAUAUCUACGAUUCUCUAAACUACAAUUAAACUGUUGCAAAUAUUUGUCCACAUCCUUCAAAUUUAUUACCAAAAAUAAUUAUCAAUGUUAUAAAAAUUCAUGAGAUAUGAUCUCGUUUAACACCAAAACAAACUUCAACAGGAUUGAGUUUAGAGAAUUUAAGAUGAUCCAACUUUGAAUCUAUGCUUACAAAAUCGCUUGUCAUACAAGUAGAUUGAUGUUUUCUAACGGCAUUGUAUGUAGGCUAUAAAUUGUGUAUAUUCGACAUUAUACAUAAGACAUUUAAAAGCGUUUCGAUUGAUGAAAAUGUUAGUGAUUCAUUCACAGAACUGAAAGCGUUAAAAAUAUUCUCGUUAUGUUGUUUGAAAAAAAAAAAAAAAAAAUGAUGUCUAUAUUUCUGUAUAGUAUGUAUGUAUUACUGUUGUUGAUUUAUUUAAUAAGCGUCUUCUAUCGUAAGAUUUUGUUCAAAACAUUUCGUUUUUACAACUUUGAGACACAACGAACAAUUAUGUUUCAUUAUCUUGAUCAAUAGCACAUAAUCCCUAUAAAUAUUUAAUAAUAAUAACUGAUAUAUAAUUGGUGUCUAUAGGAUGAUUAAAUUUAAACAAUAAUAAUAAUUAACCAUUGUAUUCUAUGUCAACUUCAACCUGUAGUGGAUGCGUAUUAUAAUGAUAAUAUAAAACAUUGUUGACGUAGCUGUUUCAUUAAUAGUUAUUGGUAUAACGAAACAUUUAAUGAUAAUUAUAAAACAAACGAAAACUUCGCACAAUCUGAGUCAAGGAACUAACAUAGGAAGUAUAAUAUAGGUAUUAAUCGUAAUAUACAUAGUAACAUAUAAGAUACAGAUGUAAGCGUGAUACUUUCAACAAGAUUUCUUCUUUGAGACAUAUAUAUUUCAAAAAAAAAAAAAAUAUAUUUUUUCUGUGUUGUGUUGAUCUGCCAGUUUAUCAUUGUAAAUUUUCUUAGAAUAUACAAAAAAAAAAAAAAUCUAAAUAUUUAUCAUUCGUUUCCUUCAAUCCUGAGUUUUUAAUUGUUAUCGCUGUGUAGGAUUUCGAUCAAAUUUUUAAGGAACAAAAAAAAAUUAUUAAAAAAAUGGUCCAUUAAAUUCUAUCAAGUAAUAUAAUAAGAAAAAUGUACUAUUAGUAGCAGCAAACGUAUACUUAAAAUGUGUGCUUAUAUCUCGUAUUAAAGAAAGGAUACGUAACAUGCCAAACGAAAUCUAUUUCUUGAAGCUAAUAAGCAUGGCUUUAAACGUUAUAAUGGGACUGAAGUUUCAUGUCGUUAUUGUAAUUUUUUUUCUUUUACCAUUGGACAUUGUAAAUAUCUUGUUAAUAAGCUACUUAAGGCCACAUAUUUUAUAGAAUUUCUUUGUAAAUCACACAGUAACCGUGUGUUCCGAUUCAUUCUAGUCUACGAAGAUUUUGGGCAAGUUAAGACAAUAUCAGAUUAUCUCGUGUCUUCACCGAUUCGAGUCGAUUCACUUGCGUGUUUUUCUUGAGGACAAUCGUGGCCUUUUUCGUAAUUGAUACCUGAUUUUUUAUUAUUUUUUUUUUUCAAUUGAUACCAAAAAAUGUUGAAGUUGUUAGACACCGUUACCGAUGGAUCUCUCUUUUUUAGCACUAAACAGUUACGGUUUUUUUGGCUUACCAAAUAGUGGCGACGCUUUUGUGUUACCAACAUCGUAAUCGGUUCUAAAAUGUUGUACAUAUUAGAAGAACAUUGUUUUAAGUGAUACGCACGGUUCUUUAAAAUGUGAAAAAUAUAACCCACUGUCGGGUUUUAUUUUAUUAAAAUCUAUUAUCCAGCAAGAGUUUUAGGAUUAAUUUUUUUUAAAUAUAAGUUAUUGUCAAGCGAGGUUUGUGUAGUUCUGAUAAAACUCCCUCGUCCGUUGUAUAAAUUAUUGACUUCGUAUCUCAUAAGGUACAUUCUGUAACUGCAUAUAUUGUACGUAGUUUUUUAAACUGUUAAGUAUGAAAUAACUAAUAACAUUACUGUAGUUUUGGAUUUAAGGCAAACGUGUACAUUUUGUAUCGUACUUUGUUUCAAUAAUAAAUAUAUAUUAUUAUAUGGUAAAAAUAAAUGAUCAAGUUUUUAAAAAAUAA